AUUCAUCAUCGCGGCCGAUGCGAGAGUAGUGCCACGAGAAAGCAGGGCUUUUGCUUCUUUUACAUCACAGAAGCUAGCUCAUCUCGACCAACAUGCGUUUCCUCGUACUUAAUCUGACGUUAAUCUUAAACCUGCUAGUCAUUAGAAAAGUUUCUGCUCAUGGAAGAUUAAUAGAACCACCCUCGAGAGCUUCCAUGUGGAGAUAUGGUUUUGACACACCUCACGAUUACAAUGACCAUGAGUGUUAUUGCGGCGGAUUCACUAGACAGUGGCAACGAAACAAAGGGAAAUGUGGUAUUUGUGGAGAUCCCUGGGAUUCUUCUGUGCCACGUUCUCAUGAAACAGGAGGCAAAUAUGGAAAUAGUGUGAUCGUUCGGCGUUACCGCACUGAAUCCGUAAUACCAGUUCACGUAGAGCUGACGGCGAAUCAUCAUGGUUACUUUGAGUUCCGCAUCUGCGCCAUGAUAUACCGUGAUCGGGAAGUGACUCAGGAAUGCCUGGACCAACAUCUGCUGCGCACUGAGAAUGGGUCUACUCGCUACUACCCCGAUCCUGGUAACCGAAUCUUUGAGGGCUAUUACAAACUACCAGAAGGCUUGACCUGCACACAAUGCGUCUUUCAGUGGCGAUAUAUCGCUGGCAAUAACUGGGGCGAUUGCGGCAAUGGCACAGGAGCAGUUGGAUGCGGCCCUCAGGAGGAGUUUCGAGCUUGUGCCGACAUUGCUAUCAACGAUAACGAGGCAGCAUUGCCGCCGAGGCUACCAAAGCAACCAACCAUCAGUCCCACGCUCACUUCUACGGACAAAUCGCCGACGGAUACGAGUCCACGAUCCGGGCCACGUUGGCUGUUCAGUGUUGUUGUUGCUGGCACGUGUCUAUUGGUAGUGUUGGCCACUAUGGCGUUGCUUUACACGUACUAUUAUCACGCCGGCAGAGCCAAAAAAUGGCUCAUGGCAAGAAGGCUCCUGGUGCAGGAAAGUCCGCCAGUUGCUCCGCCGAGGCAUAAAAAGCAUCAUCAUAUCACGCAAUUGCAAUUGUAGAAUUUUAUAUUUGAUUGUCAAUGUCGUAUUUCUUAAGAGAAAAACAAGACUUUUACAACUCGAAGAAACUUUCGAGCUAUAAUGGAUCUAUAUGCGAUACUGGAGCCAUUCAAAUUCAAAUAACAAGUGUGGAGAAAGUAUUUAAUUGUACAUCUUGAGCAAAAUAUUAAUAUUUUCAUAUUUGGCACUGUACUCUCUUGUACAUAUA